AUGACGACGACUGAUCCUGCUGCACCUCCAUGUUACUACAAUAAUAGUAUAUCACAAUCUUCAAUCACUUCUGACCGAUCUGAUUCGAAGCGGAAAGACUCUCAAUCUCAAUCAUCUGUUCUUGGACCCAAAAUUAAUGCUCAUGGACUUGGAUGGUUUGUGACCGGACUGUUCGUAGUCGGCGACUUAGCCGGUGGUGGUUUGGUUGCUCUUCCAACGGCCAUGAUUCAAUCAGAAUUCUGGGGUGGUCUUGUGAUAACCGUUGUGAUGACAUUGGUUGUUACAUACACCGCUUAUGUACUUGGUAAAUGUUGGAAUAUCUUACUUGAUCAUUGGCCAGAAUAUCAUGAGCAUUGUCGUAAACCUUAUCCAGAAAUUGGUUAUCGAGCUAUGGGACCGGUUGUACGAUUGUUGGUAUCAAUUUGUAUUGAUGUUACUCAAUUCGGAAUUGCUGUUGUUUAUCUUCUUCUCUCAUCCAAGAAUAUCCAUGACUUCACUAAGGCUUUCUUCGGUGGAAGUAUCAGUUUCUGUUAUGUCAUCAUCAUCUUGGCCAUCUGCUUAUUGCCCAUUACCUUCUUGAAGUCUCCACAAGAUUUCUGGUGGGCUGUUGUAAUUGCUAUGAUAACCACCUCGUGUGCCGUAGUUCUCAUUUGCAUUGGAGCAGGAAUUGACUACAGUCUUUGCGAAUCCCAUCGCCAUAUGCCUGAUAUCAAAGUAACAAACUUCUUCUUAGCCUUAGGUACCUUCCUCUUUGCCUAUGGAGGACAUUCUGCUUUCCCUACCAUUCAACACGACAUGAGAAAUCCCAGAGACUUCACUAAGUCCGUUAUGCUCGCUUUCUCAAUCAUGGCCUUCAUGUACGUACCCGUAUGCAUAAUGGGUUAUCUCGUAUACGGCGACUCUCUUCGUGACUCCAUUAUCCCUUCAAUUCAAAACAAAGGAAUCCAACAAGCAAUCAAUGUUUUGAUUACAAUCCAUUGUAUCCUCACUCUGACUAUCGUCUUCAAUCCUUUGAACCAAGAAAUUGAGGAUCUCUUGCGCGUGCCUCAAAAUUUCGGAUGGAAGAGAGUUGCUACUCGUACUACUAUCAUGGCUGCUGUUGUUUUCGUUGCGGAAAGUGUACCCACGUUCGGACCACUUCUCGACCUAGUCGGAGGAAGUACAUUGACUUUAACUUCCGUCAUUCUUCCAUGUCUUUUCUAUUUGUACUUAUCAGCUGCUCGUACCAAAGAAACAGUUACUGGAAUCAAAAACAGAGAGCCAUGUUCCUUCUCUGAAGUUUUCAAGUAUUCUCAUCCUGUGACACUCGGGGUUUGCUGUGGAAUUAUUGUUUUCGGAUUAUUAGGAGGUGGAGCUGCUACAUACUCAGCCUUGAAAGAACUCAGUACAACUCAAUUCUCUAAGCCUUGCUACGUUACCGCUUUCCAACAUCACGACACAUCUGCACAAGGAGAUUCUCACACAAACUGUUGUGGUGUUUAUCAGAACAUCUCACAUUCCGGAAUUUCAUGUUCAGCAUAUGAUAGGUUUUAUGCUUAA